UAACAUCAUUAUUCUGAAGAUACCGUGUGCUUCCCAUGGCCUUCCUGCGCAGCGCGAGGAACCUGUUUAGGUGUCCUCUUCACAAAGGUUGUCAUUCAACUGCUACAAGAAGUGUCACCUAUGAAUCUUUCAAAUCUGAAAUUGAACAGCAAAUGACACCUAAAGAGUAUUUCAAUUUUGCAAGAGAUAUUGUUGCACCAUGGGCAGCCACAAAGCCUGGCCACCCAGCUUUGUUUUUCACAGAUGGACAGAAGGAAACUAUUGUGAGUUAUAGUGACCUUCUCCUUCAAGCCAAGACACUAGCCACUGCCCUCAGGGACCCCCAGCCCCCAAAGUGUGCCCUGGUGCUGCUGCCCAAGGUGCCGGCCUGGUGGGUGGUGAAUGUUGCCGGCUCUUGGUGUGGCACCAUUGUGUCUUGUGGCACCACCAUGCUCACACCAAGGGAUGUUGCUCAUCGCCUGUCUAAAUGUGAGGCAGACUGCAUCAUAUGUACCCCAGAGUUGGCUGCCUCCCUGGAUGAAAUCACAAAAUCUGUGCCACUACGGAUCAUUGUUUCUGACAAUCAAGAGGAUAUUCGUGCUGGGUGGAUAUGCUAUAAUGAGCUGCUGGAGUCAUGCCGUGGACGUUCAGCCCAGCCAUGUGUAGCCACCAGAGCUGAUGACAUUGCCCAACUGUUCUUCACAUCAGGCACAACAGGCAAACCAAAGAUGGUGCCUCACACACAAGCCACCUACGGCAUUGGUCACAUUGGAACAAUGAGGUACUGGCUUGAUCCGAGAGAAGAGGACAUGAUAUGGAAUAUUUCUGACACUGGCUGGGCAAAGGCAGCUUGGAGCAGCUUAUAUAUCCCUUUGAUGGCUGGAGCAACAGCAUUUAUUCAUCAGAAGCCUCGUUUUGAUGCAAAGGAAACAUUGCGUGCCUUGUGUGAAUACCCUGUGACAGUGUUGUGUGCACCACCAACAGUCUACAGAGCCUUAGUGCAGUGCCAGCUCUCUCAAUUCCCCCUGAGAGCCUUGCGUCACUGUGUGAGUGCUGGUGAGCCUCUCAAUCCAGAGGUGAUGCACACAUGGACUAAGAACACAGGUCUCCAAAUCUAUGAGGGGUUUGGCCAGACUGAGACAACACUGCUGUGUGGGGUGCGCAAAGGCAUGAAGCUGAAGUUUGGCUCCAUGGGCAAGCCCGCUCCUGGCUACAACCUUAAGGUGCUGAAUGAGCAACAGCAAGAGCUUCCACCAUACCAUGAAGGCAAACUGGCAGUAAGUCUUAAGCAGGGAUACCCUAUUGGGCUAUUCAAAGGAUACCUGUGGGAUGAACAAAGGACCAGUGAGGCAUUCAGAGAUGGAUACUACUUCACAGGCGACAGAGCUUAUUAUGAUGAUGAUGGUUACUUUUGGUUUGUGGGCAGAGCAGAUGAUGUCAUCAUCUCUUCAGGAUAUAGGAUUGGGCCUUUUGAAGUAGAGUCCUGUCUUCAGGAACACCCAGCAGUGGCUGAGUCAGCUGUGGUCUCUUCCCCUGAUGAGCUACGUGGGGAGGUGGUAAAGGCAUUUGUAGUCUUGGCAGAAGAUUUCAAACAUCAGCAAGCUGAAACCCUGAUUGCUGAUCUGCAGAAUCAUGUUAAGACUGCCACUGCACCUUAUAAAUAUCCAAGAAAGAUUGAAUUUGUUGACUCCCUCCCUAAGACUGUGAGUGGCAAAAUACGAAGAAUUGAGCUGCGGGCCAAGGAAUGGGCUGGUCUGACAGAAUACAGCAGUGGCAGCAGCGGCAGCAGCAGCAACCAUGGUGGUUAACACAGAAGUACGAAAAACAAAUGAAUAAACACUAUGUAUACACUAAUGAAAAUAAUCAUGCCAUCAAGAAAAAUAAGCAAUAAGGUAAUAUGGGUACAUACUUUAAUAUGAUGGUGGAGGUACUUAUAUGUAAAGGUGAUGGUUAACAGCUAAUAUAAGGCAGUACAGGUGAUGGAACAAAGAUGAAUCCUAUAAAUAAAUCUAGUUAAAUAUUGAUGGGAUGGUGAUGAAGUGUAGGAAGUUAACAGAAUCUAACGUAACAAGAUAACAGGGAGAUAUGUACAUAAAUUAUGUAAAAUUAUGAACAAAAAAAAAAAAAAAAAAAAAAAAAAAAAAAACUGGCCUUCGCAGUUCCAGACGUAUGCAUUAUCUAAUCCUAUCCUCCAAACUCUUGUGAUGGAAAUGGAAGGUAAAUUCGUGCAUUACACCAGUCUUUCUUUACGCUGAUUUUACUUUUUUUCUGGGUUGUGUUUACAUGAUCCACACGAAUUUGUGGCUCACUUACAUCGAAAAUGUCUUUUUUUUCCUGUUUAAAUCUAACCUAAUCUAACCCAGAAAAAAAGUAAAUGGUCAAGAAAACGUUAAACCUAACCAAACCUAACUAACUAACCCACAAAAAAAAAAAAAUAAAUAAAUAAAUAAAUAAAA